AUGGCGCUUGAACCACCAGUCCAGCCACCGCCAAGAUUGGCGGCUCAACGUUCAAAUGAACAGACGCAUGUAUUUUUUCUUAAUACAACACAGCGACAGGUGAAUUUAUACUGGAUGGAUUUCAAUGGCUCACAAGAUUUAUUUACAACAUUACCUCCGGGUGCUGGCAUAAAGGCCAAUACAUUUGUAACACAUCCAUGGUUGUUUCGUGAUGCCCGUACCGGUGAACGUAUGCAUGUCAAACAUCAGGAUAUCUUUUGGCCACAAUUGUAUCGCGUGAAGAAUGCCGGGCAAUGGUUGCCCUGCCGCAAAUUGAUAGCAAUACAUCCGCCUGUAAAUCAAAGUCUGCGUACAAGAUGUUUAUGGCGUUUUUCCGAUCUUAUUUAUGGUCAAAAUGAUGAAUUUCUGAAAAGUUUAAAUUUGCCACGAACGUUAUACAACGAUAUUAAAUCGGUGUUGGGAUUAAUUGAGAAGCACAGGGCAAUUGGGAUGGGAAGACGAAGAAAUAGUUAG